AUGGAAGCCAAAAAGAAACCCGCAAAAACCGGCCCGUUAGUGCCCACACUGAAGUCAGUCGACUAUGGCGUCUUCAAAUUGGGGUGUUGUCGCGUCAGUAAGGGUGACGAAUGGGAAUUGAUUGAGCGUUUUGUCAAUGGAGUUCUGGCGCUCAACAAUGAUCAACAUGUCACAAGUGACGAGGACAGCAGUGUGGAUCCACUCACAGCCCUGCUCGAGCUGCUUGUGAGCCAGCAAGACCACAGGGACAUAUGUGCGGACUUACUAGCAGCUGCUUUUGCCGGGUGUGCAGUGCACAAAGAUCUGAAGUCGCUAGCACAUCAAUUCGCAUGUUCAAUAGCUGAAAGUCACACUUUGGGGUCGCUUUUGCGUGAAUUGUGCGGCACGGUGAAUUUAGCACCAGACUAUAAGCCUGGCGUGUACUCAGUUGUGGCAAAACUGAACCUUUUCGAGCAUCCCAAAACAUCAAUACUUCGUUCAUUGAAUAUGGCGCUCGGUUCUGUCCUCAGAACCGUGUGGGUGCCUCUAUGGUCAUACGAAACAUUGCCAGAUUUGUACAGUUGUGUUUUAAGUCAAAACUUACUGCUCGCGACUACCCAGGAACAUAAACUGGAUUUCAUUAUUGCCUCAAGAGAACACGACGUGCUGCGUUGGCACGAGCUUAAAGAUCGCAAAACCACAUCCCUCAAUUUUUUCCUGCUCAGAGUCGCACGACGUGCGAUCCAAUGCCGCAAUUAUGUCUCGAACUCUUUUGCUGAAUUUAGCCAUAAAAUUUUAUCACAGGCCAUUGGCAAUGAGUGUUUCAUGAAAGUAGAGAACAGCAAUGUGUUCACCUUAUCUGUCUUCAUGGAAAUAGUGGACCACCCGGAUCUCAACUUUUUAGAGGAGCCUCAUUUAACGUUUCUUCUAAACUGCGCACUGCGUCAAACCCGCAAUCUUUGCGAGAAUGGACAGAUAGAGACUUUGCAUAUGGAGCUGGGUACAAUGGGAAGCACUUUGAGUCUUUUUGGACUCGCGAACAUUCUGCAAUAUAUCCUUGCUCGGUUUCUUGUUGAUACGGGGAAUCUUAUGUUCAGUGCUCCUCAAUUUAGUUCCGACAAAAGAAAUUGGGCCUUGAGGCAAUCGCCAUACGAGCUUCCCAGAUUUUUCGACCAAGUUGUUCCUGACAUACCUCCAAUCUCCAGGGCAUCGUUUGGCUUUGACAAAAGAGACUCAGAGUUACCACUUCAGAUGAGUAAGUUCUCUGAUAUAAUACUCUCGAUUCUGGAAUCCUUAAAUCAUGCUGUGUUCAUCAACCGGAAAUUGCUGAUGUUUUACGGUCGCGAAGGUAUUGAUCUGUCCCUCGAUUUUAGAGGCAUAAGCCAAGAAAAGCAUAUCAAUUUAUCACAAGUUGUGGGAACCAAGUCGAAAUCUGAAAUUUUUGAGCUGUUUUUCGUUGCAAUCACCUCUGUUUUACUUUUGAGUCGGCAGCUUCACGAGGGGGUGUACUUCUGGACCCUAAUGGAUGAGCAAGAGGCCGAGGUUCAGAGUAGAAUAAUGACACCGAAUGCUUUGAAUUGCUUCGAAGCUCUAGUUUCGACUCUCGAUGGGGCAUCGCUGUAUGAAUUCAUUGGAUUCUCCAACCGUAUUUCGUUAAUCGAUUUGAACAUGCAUGCGGUGUCUAUGCAAGUCCUGAGUCAUAUACUCUUCGAGUCUGCUCUCAACGUACUGCAAGGCUCCACACCCACCAAAAAACUCAUCCUAGAUGCGCUUUACAAUCAUAUCAUAUUGUGGAACGACGGAACAGACACUUAUGGACGGUUUAUGACCGAAAUUUUCAAGACCGAAGUACUACCUGUGGCAGCUGUAAGUUUCAGCGUAUCUGGCUUUUUGAAUAUUAUGUUCCCACGAGACAGUGCACAGGCUCUGCCUAUGGAAUCAGCAUCGCCACUUUUCAAAACAGGCGAUAGCACGGAGUUCCGAAAAAACUACCAGACUGCAAAAUACAAUGCUCAUGCAAACUCAUUCGUUCCAUCCAGCAGACCUCAACAUGUUAACACAGAAGGAGAAAAUGCAAUGCCACAGGGUGAGCACAGUCACCCAAGCUCCAGGCCUGCGGAGAUAUUUCAACCAUCCAACUCAGCGGUCGAAGGUUUUAAUCUACACUCAUCCUUCUCGACCGGACGACAGCAAUUAACGAAUGCAAAUGAGCACGGCACCACAUUUAGUGGUACCGCGCCAAGAUCAUUGAGUAAUUUGAACUCUUGGAGCCCCAACUGCUUUUCGCAGGGCCCUCUGUCAUCUCCAGAGACUGGACCCGCGGUCAGCACGGGUAAAAAUUACAUUCUAGGUGGUCACAACCGGGCCGCGAACAACAGCAGAGCACAGUCAGUGCAUGUGGACCGAUUCAACUAUAUUCAACAGUAG